CUUUAGAGCCUGCUACCCGUAGACAUGAGUUUACUGCUCCUCACAGGAAGGAGACGGAAGUCAAAAACAACGCAUUUCCGGUUUCAGUCUUGAGCCACCAACACCAAAAUGGCGAAGAUCGCCAAAACACACGAAGAUAUCGAGGCCCAGAUCCUGGAGAUCCAGGGGAUGAAGGCCACCCUGCAGGAGGAGAAUGGCGAGCAGGGCGUGGGUCUGGUCUCCACUGGCUUCUACGACCAGGAGAUCUACGGCGGCAGCGACAGCCGCUUCGCUGGUUAUGUCACUUCAAUCGCAGCCAAUGAGCAGGAGGACGACGAUGAAGACGACACGUCCACCAGCCUACUGGGGCAGAAGAAACCUGGCUACCACGCGCCGGUGGCAAUACUCAACUCCAUCCCUCAGUCGGAUGAGCAGUACGACCCGUUCGCAGAACAUCGUCCGCAGAAGAUCGCCGAUCGGGAGGACGAGUACAAAGCCCGCCGCAGACAGAUGAUCAUCUCUCCCGAGCGUCUUGACCCUUUUGCUGACGGGGGCAAAACACCGGACCCCAAGCUGCAGGUCAGGUCUUAUGUGGACGUGAUGAUGGAACAGAACCUGUCCAAAGAGGAGAGGGAGAUUCGUCUGCAGCUGGCAGAGAAGGCCAAGUCGGGGGAUCUGAAAGCUGUCAAUGGGUCUGCUGCCUCCCAAGCUGCUGCCAAACGAAAGCGCCGCUGGGACCAGACAGCUGACCAAACUCCGUCCAACGCCACACCCAAAAAACUGUCCAGCUGGGACCAGGCAGACGCCGGGGCUGAGACUCCAGGACACACUCCUGCACACACACCUUCCAACAGCCACACCCCAGCCGGCGCCGCCACGCCUGGCCGGGAUACGCCAGGCCACGCUACGCCCGGCCAUGGUGGCGCCACGGGGAGCGUCCGCAAGAACCGCUGGGACGAAACCCCAAAGACGGAGCGCGAGACGCCGGGACACGGCAGCGGCUGGGCCGAGACGCCGCGCACAGACAGAGGGGAGGAGUCGGUGGGGGAGACCCCGACCCCGGGAGCCAGCAAGAGGAAGUCUCGGUGGGAUGAAACGCCCGCCAGCCAGAUGGGCUCCUCCACACCGCUGCUGACGCCUGGAAAAACUCCAUUAGGAACGCCAGCCAUGAACAUGGCCACACCUACACCCGGACACCUGAUGAGCAUGACCCCAGAGCAGCUCCAGGCCUGGAGUGAACAAUUGAUAAUUGAUGAGCAAGGAAGACCUCUGCUAAAUAAUUAAGCUACGCCAUUCUGUCCUUCCUGUCUGCAGGUGUUGCCUCCUCCAGCGGGGUACGUACCGAUUCGUACUCCGGCCCGUAAGCUGUCGGCCACUCCCACCCCAAUCGGAGGCAUGACGGGCUUCCACAUGCAGGCAGAGGACCGGACCACCAAGCAGAUGAACGACCAGCCCUCAGGAAACCUCCCCUUCCUCAAACCUGAUGACAUUCAGUACUUUGACAAACUGCUGGUGGAGGUGGAUGAAUCAACUCUGAGCCCCGAGGAGCAGAAGGAAAGGAAGAUCAUGAAGCUGCUGCUGAAGAUUAAGAAUGGAACUCCUCCCAUGAGAAAGGCCGCUCUGCGCCAGAUAACUGACAAAGCUCGAGAGUUUGGAGCAGGUCCGCUCUUCAACCAGAUUCUGCCGCUGCUCAUGUCCCCCACCCUGGAAGACCAAGAGCGCCAUCUGCUGGUCAAAGUCAUCGACCGCAUCCUCUACAAACUGGACGACCUGGUCCGGCCGUACGUGCACAAGAUCCUGGUGGUGAUUGAGCCCCUGCUGAUCGAUGAGGACUACUACGCCAGAGUUGAAGGCAGAGAAAUCAUCUCCAACUUGGCAAAGGCUGCUGGGUUGGCCACGAUGAUCUCUACGAUGCGACCCGAUAUCGACAACAUGGACGAGUACGUCAGAAACACCACGGCUCGAGCCUUCGCCGUGGUGGCCUCCGCCCUCGGCAUUCCUUCGCUCCUCCCCUUCCUCAAAGCCGUGUGCAAAAGCAAGAAGUCGUGGCAGGCUAGACACACGGGCAUCAAGAUCGUGCAGCAGAUCGCCAUCCUGAUGGGCUGCGCCAUCCUGCCUCACCUGCGCAGCUUGGUGGAGAUCAUUGAACACGGUCUGGUGGACGAGCAGCAGAAGGUGAGGACCAUCAGCGCUCUGGCCAUAGCUGCCCUGGCCGAGGCCGCCACUCCCUACGGAAUCGAGUCGUUUGACUCUGUGCUGAAGCCGCUGUGGAAGGGCAUCCGGCAGCACAGAGGAAAGGGUCUGGCUGCGUUCCUCAAAGCUAUCGGCUACUUGAUCCCCCUGAUGGACGCCGAAUACGCCAACUACUACACCAGGGAGGUGAUGCUGAUUCUCAUCAGAGAGUUCCAGUCGCCUGAUGAGGAGAUGAAGAAGAUUGUGCUGAAGGUGGUGAAGCAGUGUUGUGGCACUGAUGGUGUGGAAGCAAACUACAUCAAAACUGAGAUCCUGCCCCCGUUCUUCAAGCACUUCUGGCAGCACAGGAUGGCUCUGGACAGACGCAACUACAGACAGCUGGUGGACACCACCGUGGAGCUGGCUAACAAAGUGGGAGCAGCCGAGAUCAUUUCCCGCAUUGUUGACGACCUGAAAGACGAGGCGGAGCAGUACAGGAAGAUGGUGAUGGAGACCAUCGAGAAGAUCAUGGGGAACCUGGGAGCCGCUGACAUUGACCACAAGCUGGAGGAGCAGCUGAUUGACGGCAUCCUGUACGCCUUCCAGGAGCAGACUACAGAGGAUUCUGUAAUGCUGAAUGGGUUCGGUACAGUGGUGAACGCCCUGGGGAAGCGCGUGAAGCCGUACCUGCCUCAGAUCUGCGGUACGGUGCUGUGGCGUCUGAACAACAAGUCAGCCAAAGUCCGCCAGCAGGCGGCCGACCUCAUUUCCCGCACGGCAGUGGUGAUGAAAACCUGUCAGGAGGAGAAGCUGAUGGGUCAUUUGGGCGUGGUUCUGUACGAGUACCUGGGAGAGGAGUACCCCGAGGUCCUGGGCAGCAUCCUGGGAGCGCUGAAGGCCAUUGUUAAUGUCAUAGGUAUGCACAAGAUGACUCCACCAAUCAAAGACCUGCUUCCUCGUUUGACACCCAUCCUGAAGAACCGGCAUGAGAAGGUUCAAGAGAACUGCAUCGACCUGGUGGGCCGGAUCGCUGAUAGGGGUGCUGAGUACGUGUCAGCCAGAGAGUGGAUGAGGAUUUGCUUUGAGUUGCUGGAGUUACUCAAAGCUCACAAAAAGGCAAUCCGCAGAGCUACCGUCAACACCUUUGGUUAUAUCGCCAAAGCCAUCGGGCCGCAUGACGUGUUGGCCACUCUGCUGAACAAUCUGAAGGUCCAGGAGCGUCAGAACCGCGUGUGUACAACCGUGGCCAUCGCCAUCGUGGCAGAGACCUGUUCACCGUUCACGGUGCUGCCGGCGCUCAUGAACGAAUACAGAGUGCCUGAGCUAAACGUGCAAAACGGCGUCCUGAAGUCGCUCUCGUUCCUGUUUGAGUACAUCGGAGAAAUGGGAAAAGACUACAUCUACGCCGUCACACCUCUGCUGGAGGACGCAUUAAUGGACAGAGAUUUGGUCCACAGACAGACCGCCAGCGCCGUCGUCCAGCACAUGUCUCUGGGUGUCUACGGUUUUGGCUGUGAAGACUCCCUCAACCAUUUACUGAAUUAUGUGUGGCCCAACGUUUUUGAGACGUCUCCCCACGUCAUCCAGGCUGUAAUGGGCGCCCUGGAGGGGCUGAGAGUGGCCCUCGGCCCCUGCCGCAUGCUGCAGUACUGCUUACAGGGUCUGUUCCAUCCGGCCCGGAAGGUGAGAGAUGUCUACUGGAAGAUUUACAACUCCAUCUACAUUGGUUCCCAGGACGCCCUGAUUGCUCAUUACCCACAAGUCUACAACGAUGAGAAGAACGUCUACGUCCGCUAUGAGCUCGAAUAUGCUUUGUAAAUACACUUGAUUUAUUAUUUUUUUUCUCUCUUCCCAACCCUGAUCAGCUCUAGAUCCGUUGCCUGUGUGUCAGGUUUUAUUUAGUGACUUCGUGCUUACAUUCAGUUUCUUCUAUUUGAGUGAAAAAUCCAAACAUGAAAGAAGGAACCUUGUAGAGUCUGUAUGUAUUUUUUACUUUUAACUUGUGUUUUCUGUAAGAAGCAGUUGAGGCCGGAAGAUUGUCUAGGAACACAGGGCUGUCGUCAGCACAUUUUAAAUAUCGGGAUCAUUUUGUCUGUUUAAUUGGUUAUGAUAGACUUCUGUACCCCCCAGACCUUCUCCAUUUUUCAUAUCACUUCUGUUCUUAGAUCAAGGCUUUAUUCAACCAAAUAAAAGGUUUGUGUACAAAA